UCGCACGCAACUCGGCUCUGUCACAAAAAAACCGCGCACGCAACUCAACCCUGUUAUGAAAAAACCACGCACGACCCAGAAAACGAUUUUCGCACGCAACUCGGAACCGCCGAAUUUUUAUAUAAACGUUGUCAAAAAAUUAUUCAUUGGAUCAAAAUUCUUAAACAUUUAAUACAGGAUUUCAAAUAAGUUAUUCUUAUGACUUAUAUCUAUCCUGUAAAAAUUCAAAAUUCAAAUGUAUUGUUAUUAUCAAUUUUUGUUAUCUACCUAAAUGGUUUUAAAUUGAUUACAAUGUUUUUUACUCCAUGAUAUGUAAUUUGUUCUUUCAUGACCGUCUUUUUCUAACAAUGUUGGUAUACUAACACUAACUUCUCUUUGUACAAUUGUGCGGUCGUCGCCCGUCGGUCAGUCCAUUUAGUAAUGUCUAUGUAAAAACCACGUUAAUUUUUAAGAUUUUUAAUACGUAGAAAUAAUAAACUUUUAUAGUUGUUUAUAUUAUAUUAUUUUACGUGGAAAUAAGCAUAAAUGGAAAGCUGAAUGCCCAUAUGUUCUACUAAAUGAUAACAAGAAAUCAUCAGUCUUCAAUAUGUUUAAUAAAAACUCAUCACAAAUGCCAGUUAUAGAUAGGUCUGAAGGAACACUAAAAAUUAAAAUUGAGAGUGGUGGUAUAAAGCUUCAAUUAGCUCAAUCCGCUUCAAUAAAUGUAUCUAGUUUACAAUCCGAAGAGCCUGUUAAAGAAGCAGAUCCAAUCCCUGAUAAAAUUAAAAUGAAAUGUGAAAAUAUGCUUCUUGAAUAUGAGCAACUGAAAAAUGUAGAUGAUAUAAUUUAUUCAUUAUCGGAAGAUGAAUCUUCGGUAAUUCGCACAAGACAUGAAGAAUUUGUGAAAUCAAUGACACUUAUAACCUUAGAUAAUAAUCCAAUCACUCAAACAACUGUGGCAGGAAAAAUGUUUGCAGAACUUUUAUCUAAAAAUAUUCUUUCGAUGGAGGCCAUAACUCAAGGAAUUGAUGCUGUCCUUAAAAAUUGGAAUGAUUAUUUGAUGGAUAACCCUCAAUUUUUCUCCUAUAUUGCUGCCAUUAUUGCUCCAUUAUUAUUAUCACAAAAUGCUUCCUUUGAUUUUAAUAAUUUAAAAGAUUCGUGUACGUCAAUACGGCCAGAUAAUUCUAGUAAAUUUUUCAUAGAAGUAUUAAAUAAAAUUCUUAAUUCCAAGGAAACACAUAACAUAAAAGAACAACAAGGAGGUAUAUUGUGGAUUUACAAUAAGUGGAGGACUUCAGAAUAUGUUUCUCUUGAUGUAUUUAUGCCUAAUAACCAAAUAAAUAAGUUUUUUAAAAAUGAUAGAAUUGGAGUAUUCCUUUUAUCUAUUGCUAUGUAUGAUAAAAUGAAGCUGACUGAUAGUGAACUACUGUAUGGUAUAUUAAGUAGUUGGAUAAAUGUUAAUUUCAGCACAGAAAUAAUAAAAUGCCCUCAAUUUGUGCGAGCAUUAACUAUAGCUAUUGUCAUAUUAAAUUCAAGUAGGUCACUAUCUUUGAUACUUUUGUAUACUAGUUAUUCAAAUAUUAAAUUUGAACUUUUAGAACCGAACCAUUCUUAUGAAGAUUUCUUUGACCAUUCUCAUGUGAAAUUAUUGAUGUGUCAUAUUCGGUCUGAACCACUUCCAGAACCUGAAAUCCAGGCUCGAGAAGUUCAAUGUCUGUAUGGCAUUCAAAUAAUGUCUGCAGUACUUAAGCAUCCUAGAGGAAUGGUAUUACGUCUAUUCCAUAAUCUCUAUCAGAAUGGUAUUAUUAGUUCAGAAUCGUUUGAACUAUGGAAAGAAGAUGAAUUCAAAGCAGGAUUUGAUGAAGACUUGGAAACAAAAACCAUGGCUGUUGAAGUUUUAAAUUCAUUCUUCAUUUCACUAGCAGUAAACAAUUCUGAUUCUGAUGAAACAUGUGAGUAGUGUACCAACACUAUCUUGUUGCUGUGUAUAUCCAUCAAUCGACGCAAAUUCUUCUAUUUUUUUUAUUUUAUUGUAGAUACCAUGUUAUAAAAGAUUUAUAAAAAUAAGAAAAAAAAUUCUAAAUACUUAGCCAUUUUUCAUUUAUUUCCUGUGGAAUUCAAUUAUUCAUAAAUUUGCAAAUAUUUGUAUAGUGUUUUUUUUGUUAAGGGUUUUAUUUUAAUUUAUUUAUCUUUUGUACACCUGGUUUUACUUUAUAUUAAAGUCUUCUUAACAAUAAAAAUAAUAAAUG